UACAAAUCGUUAAGCACGCUGGACUACUAACCGAAAGGUUGGUGGUUCAAACUCACCCAGAGGCACCUUGGAAGACAGGCCUGGUGAUCUGCUUCUGAAAGGUCACAGCCUUGAAAACCCUAUGGAGCAAUUCUGCUCUGCACACGUGGGGUCACCAGGAGGGGAAAUCAACGGCAAGUAAUAAUAACAGCAAGGAAGCUUUCAGAGUCUCUGUGUGGUGCAAAUGGUAAACAUGUUCGUCUGCUAACCAAAAGGUUGGUGGUUUGAGUCCAGCCAGAGGAAGAAAGCCCACCCAGAGUCCAUCUUGGAAGAAAGGUCUGAUGAUCUGCUUCCAAAAAAUCAGCGAUUGAAAACCCUAUGGAACACAGUUCUACUCUGAAAUACAUGGCAUCACCCUAAGUGAGAGUCAGGUGGUUUGGUUUUUCUCCUUUUUUAGGAAGCCCUUUCUGAUUUAAAAAGUCCGUACUCUGUCUGUGUUCCUGCUGGGUGUGAGGGGCUGCAGCUUGCCCAGGUGUCCUCUGCAGGUGGGCUGUCCAAGCACACUUCCAUGUGGGACCUGUGUGUGUCUGAGCCUGUUUUCUCGGUUGUGCAAUUCUGCGCUUGCCCCACCCUCCCAGCUUCUUCCUGAUAGCGAAAUGCUACAGUCUUUGCUCAAGAACAAAGACCCCAAACUCACCCUGGAUGUUAAUGAUUUUCCAGUGUGGCCACUUCCUCCUGAUUCACCCUGGCUACUGUCUCAUGUAGCUGAGGUGGAAACACAACUUGGGGAGAGCCCAGACUCGGGCAGGAAGGCCCUGGGGUGGGCAGAGCCUGCCAAGGACCCCUCUGCACCUGGGACUGUGCUGUGGCUGAACUGGGCUGCUCAGCUCUGAGCUGGGGUAUGCCCACUCGUUUUCCAUCACUGGCCAUUCUACUACAGACACUCAACACGGCUGCUUCUCUCCUGCUCCAGUGUGGCUGAAGGUGGGACCAUGGCCAAGCUAACUUCAUGUUCAGCCUCUCUGGAGCCUCAGCUUCCCUUCUUGCCCCAUGGGGCCAGAGGUGCAUCAUUGUAAGUGGGGCGACAGUGUAGUGAGCAGUUGGGAGGGCAGGCUUUGGGUAGAAUCCUGACCCUGCCAUUUCCUACCUGUGAGACCUCAAGUUCCUCGGUGCCUCAGUUUCCUCAUCUGCAAAAUAACAGUUUCUGCCUCUUAGGAUUGUUGUAAGGAUUCCCUGAGCCCUUGUGGGCAAAGUGCCUAGCACAGUGCCAGGCUCAGCCCCCUGGUGUGGGGUAUGUGGAAAGGGCUUGUGGACUUUUCCCAGUGUUGUAAACUGUGAAGUGCAUCAUCAUUUUGGACAGUCAGCACACUCAGAGUGAGAGGAUGGUCUAUUUUCGGAUUCUUAAUGACCAUGAUCAGCAGAUCCUGGCUACAAUCCACAGAUGUUUCUAGCUGUAGAAGUUGAGUUUUCGUCCUUCCCUUUCCUCUUUGUCCUUCCCCUUUAGUUAUUUUGCGUGUGCACAUAGAUUUGUCAUACGCAAAGAUAGCAUGACUCUGAAUUCACCCCUUGUCUAUGGACUAUGGCUCUGGGAAUCCCCACAGCUCUGCUGUCAAGAAUUCAUAGACACUGAAGGACGAAUCACUCUGGCAAGCAGUGCUUGAGCUGGAUACAUCAUGUUUCAAUGGUGACUAUCAAGGAGCCACUGUUAGCUCAGACUCAAGGCGCUGAGGAAUGUCUGGCUGCUUCUGGAAAGUCCCAGCAACUGCUUCCUCAGUAGUCUUCCCUGGUUACCUGAGGGCUAUCCCUUAAGUCUGUAUAACCUUGCAACCCACUUCUCAGCUGGGGUCAUUCUGGCUACACCCUCUAUAUGACCCAGUCCCCUCACUCCUGUUCUGUGGUGGGAGGAAGGGAGCAUGCUGCCCACACAUCCCAGGCUGGCUGUUGCCUGGUGAGAGCAGUUGCAAGUUUGGGCCUGUGAGGUGAUUUGGCAGCGUUUUUGUUUGAUGACUGUUGAUUAAGCUGAAGUGUGUGAACCCAAUGUUUGCAGAAUCGUGGUUGGCUCUGGGCUGGGGCUGGAAUGAAGGAAAUAGGUGUUCAGGGAAGGAGGAGGUGGCAGGGAUAAUCCAAAAGCCAUUUGUUUGGGGCCUGAAGCCAGAGAUGAGGUAUUCUUGCAGAUUUUUCUAAAUCCACCAUAUAGGAACUCUUUAAACUAGAUUCAGGCCCUCAUGUACCUAGGAAUCACCUGGGGCCUCAGGGCAGACACAGAGGACAUCAGAGAUGAAAGGGACCUUGGAGAUCAUUUAGUCCUCCCUGCCCACUAUUCAGAUGGGAACCUGGAAGUUCAGGAGGUAGAAUAACCUCCAAAGGUUGUUCACUUGGCUGGUAAUGUGAUGGAGCUAAAGCCAGAAUCCAGGGCUCCAAACUGCACCACCCAAUAAAGUCAUGGUCUUCAUACUUUACUGUGCCUCCAAAUGGCCUGGGCAGCUGGUUAAAAUGCAGAUCCCCAGGCCACACUCUAGAGAUUCAGAUUUGAUAGUAGGUGGGGAAUGGUGUCCUUAGCAGACACCUCAGGGGAGUCUGACGAAGGUGGUGUCCACAUGGCUCUGAGAUACGCUGCUAUAGUCCAUACAGCAUUUGCUUCUUAGGCUGAUAAGAAAGCACAUUUGCAUUUCCCUAGGCAGGUGAGCAGGUGGGUAUCAGAGAUGCAAACAGCUCAGGAGACCAGAGCAUGAGGGGUUAAACCCGGGCUUUACAACAUGUUGCAAGUAACUGGUGUGUAAGGAUACUUUAUACCCAUAGUCUUUGCCAGGUAAGGUAAUGAUGUGUGAACGUGGUGCAGGCCUGGACAACCUCUAGGUCAGACACGACUCAGUUUUCUUAUCUGUGAGAUGGCUACGAUAAUGUAGGAGGUAACAAUCUGCAGUAUCGUAUUACUGUGUGGAUUAAAUGACACGAUGCAGGAGGAGUUUGCUUUGCACUCAACAGGUGGCAGGUUCUCUGGUCACCUCACGGUACUUGCCAAGGAGGAGGUGACGGCAGGCCUCUGCUGAAUGAUUUUCUGUAACGGACUUUUGCUCAGAAUUUCACCGGUGAAAUGUGUACUAAAAAAAGCAUACAGAGAGGUGUAUAUAAAUUUUUGUAUGAGAGACUAACUCGAUUUGUAAACUUUCACUUAAAGCACAAUAAAAAUUAAAAAAAAAAAAGUGUGUAGAUUUCUUCCAGCCCUGUGGGGCUGUGAUGCAGGGGCCUCCUUUGGCAGAGGUGCCCGUUAUGGUUUGUACCUAGUACAGUGGUGCCUUUCCCAGGCCCCAGACCCCCCACCUCCACCCCUAGCUCCCACACAUGUCCUUGCAUCCCUGGAAGGUGUCAGUGAUGGGAAGAGUCAGACCAACAGGGAGUGUUUCUCCCUGUUUUCUAGAGGUGGGGAGACUAAGCCCCCCUCCCAAGGCAAAGAAGGCUGCAUGUGGGCCCCUGGAGCUUCUGCCCCUUUCCAUGACUGUCCCAGCCAAGGGCUUUCUCCGCAUUCCCUUCCAAGAGCAGUGCCUGUGCCAGGGUGUGCCAGCCACUUCCUGGUUCUGGCCGGUCUUGCUGCUUGUCAGGUCAGCCUGACCUCAGCGCUGUAAAAACCAUUCUGGGCACAGAUAGGGAAGAGAGGCAGGGAUUCAGGGGCCUCACCUGGCCCUGCCAUCCACCUGCGGCGGGGGGGAGGGAAGGAGGUGGAUACUGUUAGUGCGCAUUAGUGAGUGUAAUUGUAUUUGUAAAACACAGCUCCGCAGGUAGGUGGGUGGAAGGAUGGAGGGUGUCUCUCUGUGACUAGGAGAGCCUGGACUGAGCUGGUGUGUGGCAGUGAGCAGGAGCCUGUUGGUACAUGCGGCACACGAGCUGGGUGUUGACAUAUGCUGGUGUGUGCGCCCACACAGGGAGGGAUGCAGUGUGACCUCUUUAAGCACCAGGAUGGCCUCUGUGCUGCACUCUCUCCAGCUUUCCGCCCAGGACUUGCCUGAUCUAGGUUCAGAUCCCAGCUCUGCGGUGCUGAGCUGCGUGACUUUUGGCAACCCACUUCCUCUCUUGGCUUCAGUUUCACCAUGUGGAAGUGAGAACCUGAGGUUCUUCCUGCCUUCCUAGCUGUGGCUGGCUCGAGGGCUGUGGCUGGCUCGAGGUGUGGAUAUUACAAAGUAGUGGUUAAGAAGAGCCUGGGCUUUGGGGCCAGGAUAUCUGGAUUCAAAUUCUGGCUCUGCCACUGACGGUAACUUUAGGUGCGACCCUCCGUGCAGCUGGUGCCAGGAUGCCCCAGGGGUGUGGAUGACCGGCUGUGCAGACCUCACUCGGCCCAGGCCUGGAUGCCGUCGCCCAGAGAGGACCGCUCCUCAAGGGCAGCCUGUGGGCCCACACGUGUAGCCUCUUGAACGGAUUCCCACCCAGCUGCCUCAGACGCCUGGGAGCUGCUGGAGGGAGUAUCUGGAGCCUGCUGCUCAAGGGCCUGACAGUGGAGGGAGCCGGGGAAAGGGACCUCGCUGCUGGCUGGAAACAUUUUCCCCAAGCGGCUCCGCAAAAUGACCAGCCUGUUCCGCCGGAGCAGCAGCGGCGGUGGUGGGGGCGGCGGCGGGGGGGCGCGUGGCGGCGGGGGCACCGCUGGGGCCCCCACGGCACAGGAGCUCAACAACAGCCGGCCCCCCCGUCAGGUGCGCAGGCUCGAGUUCAACCAGGCCAUGGACGACUUCAAGACCAUGUUCCCCAACAUGGACUACGACAUCAUCGAGUGCGUGCUGCGUGCCAACAGCGGCGCUGUGGACGCCACCAUCGACCAACUGCUGCAGAUGAACCUGGACGGGAGUGGUGGCAGCGUCUAUGAGGACAGCUCAGAUUCAGAGGACAGCAUCCCCCCGGAGAUCUUGGAAAGGACUUUAGAGCCUGAUAGCUCUGAUGAAGAGCCCCCGCCAGUGUACUCCCCACCAGCCUACCAUAUGCACAUGUUCGACAGGUCUUACCCUCUGGCUCCCCCUACUCCACCUCCAAGGAUUGAUGUGAGCCCCAGCCCCCCUUCAAGCCAGAGGCGCUAUCGGAACUGGAACCCACCACUGCUGGGCAACCUACCUGAUGACUUUCUCCGCAUCCUGCCCCAGCAGCUGGACAGCAUACAGGGUAACCCCGGGGGCCCCAAGCCCAUGAGCGGCGAGGGAGGCCCUCCCCUCGCAGGGGCUGGAGUGGGGACCCGAGACCAGGACAGCCGCUGGAAGCAGUACCUGGAGGACGAGAGGAUCGCACUCUUCCUACAGAACGAGGAGUUCAUGAAGGAGCUGCAGCGCAACCGUGACUUCCUUCUCGCCCUGGAGAGAGAUCGAUUGAAAUAUGAGUCCCAGAAAUCCAAAUCCAGCAGCGUGGUUGUCGGGAACGACUUUGGCUCUCCUUCCCCUGCCCCAGGAACCAGUGAAGCCAACCCUGCUGUGUCUGAAGAUGCCUUAUUCAGGGACAAGUUGAAACACAUGGGAAAAUCCACCCGGAGGAAGCUGUUUGAACUCGCCCGGGCCUUCUCGGAGAAGACCAAGAUGAGGAAGUCGAAGAGGAAACACUUGUUGAAGCAUCAUUCGCUGGGGGCUGCGGCGUCCACAGCCAAUCUCCUGGAUGACAUGGAGGGUCACGCUUAUGAUGAAGACUUCCGGGGAAGGCAGCAGGAGGUGCCCAAGGUGGAGGAAGCCCUAAGAGAAGGACAGUAAGAGAUGCCAGCAUCCUCGCUGGAGAUGAUCUGUCCCGGUGGGAGCAGCCGGAGAGCAAAGCCAGCCUCCAGCUGAAGGGCCCAGCUGCAGCCGGACAGAUGGUGCUUGAUUGAGUCUUGAGGCCCAGUGACUCUGCCGCCACAGUUCAGCCCACCACUGCCACUACCACUUUCCAGGGGCGUAGAACUUCGGAGCCGCCCCGCUGUGAUUGGAGGGAGGACCUGGGGCCCCCUAGAGGCAGCAGCCAAUCACAGCCCCUUUUGUAGCCAGGCUGUUCUAUGGGCAAGGAAUGGAAAUACAGGAACCACCCUCUGUCUUUUAAAAAAAUCCAGAAAGCAGGCAAAGGUUGGAGUGUGAAAGGGCAGGGUGAUCCUACCAGAGGCUCUUUGACCCGGAGAUGGAGCCCCAGUCUCCCUCCCUUUCACGUCUCCCCAACAGGGCUGCGGGUACCCCCUGGCCCCCCACCCCUCCCCAACCCCCUUCUGGGCACCUUGUGCCCUUCCUUUCCGUGGCCUUCUGAACCCCAGCCUUUCCCGGGGGCUGCCGAACCAUCUGCACAGUCCCAGCACGGAGCGCUGUGAGGAAGAGCCCUGGGCAGUCGAGCGCUAGGAGUGACGGGUAGGGGGUCGGGGGACGAAUCGCCGAGAGGUGACUGCUCUGCCUGGGCCAUCCAACUGCCACUGUUAGAGACCGGCACGGCCCCAGCUGCCUCUUUUUCAUCCGGCAGGGAUGGGCAGGGUGGCGCCCCGGGGCUGGAGGACUUCGGCUAGGCACGGGUAGUCUUUAGCAUGUUAAAAGACAAAAGCCAAUGAUCGGUGGGACCCUGGAGUCAUGCAACAGGUUCUGACUCUCAGCUGGCCCCAAGACCUGCUGUACCCUAAGGGUCGGCAGCGGGGGGCUCUGGAGAGACCCACUCGGGGUGAGUGCAGGUCUGAAGACAAAGCCAAGCCGCUGCCGGCCUGGGUUGGGAGGCCUAGGGCAGAGGGGCUUGCCGGGUGUCCCUUGAACAAGAACGUGAACGGAGGAGGAAAACACCGAUUCUAUGGUCGCUUACCCGGCACCUACCACUGCCGAUGGGGGGGAGGCUGUUACGGCCUCUGGCCCCUCCCCGCCUGCCACCUCGAGAUGGGGACCCGCUGACCUCGCCCGAGAGCCGGGAAGCCCGGGGGCGUCCCAGGUCGGCGGCAGACGCGAGACCGCGGGCGUACCGCAUCCCGCCUGCCCUAGUUCCGGGUGAAGCCCCUGGCCCGACUCCAGACCACGGGCUUCCCCGUCUCGGGCCCCGCGGCAGACUCGGGAGGGUCCGGAACACGCCACCGCGGAGCGUGACCAAGUUUGAAAGCGCGCGGGCCGGGCCCUGCGCUGCUCCGCGGCCGGCUUGUGCCCUGGAGCGAGGAGAGGCUCGCCAGCCCGAGCUCCAGACAGGCUCUGACUCGCGGGGAGCUGGGGCGGGGGGUACGGGAGGAGCUCUGCGCUCUGGCGCAUGGCGGGGAAGUCCCAGUCGCCGCGUUCUGUGUGUGUGUGUUUCUUCUCUCCUAUGUGUGGGUUUUUUCUUGGAGCUGUUUCAUAGGAAUUCCUGUAAUAAAGACUUGGUGUUCUCUUGGUGCUCUUAUGUGGCCGGCGACGUGGGCUGGACUCCCUCUGCGCCCCACCCCACCUCCCCGGCCGCCGCAGUGUUUGGCCUUUGGAGCCACGGGCCUCCCACCUCACCCGCCCCCAUUAACCCGCAGCGCGUCUAAGGCCCAAAGGACGCAGCCUUCUACCCACAUUACUCAGGACGUGACACCUGCUGCCAGAACCACAACCUUGCUGACCCGCUGGCUUGGCUUGGCGCUGUCGCCUUCCUGUUUGCUCGGGGAAAGUAAUCCGCUCGCAGAUAGGCAAGGGAAACGCCACUGGGAAGGCCAGACUGUUACCAAAGCUGCAGACAGGUCACCUCCCUAAAUAGCAAGCUUCUGGGUUAACGGUGUGACCCGGAGGCCCGCCAGGCUGCGCAAUCUCAGACUUCAAAGGGACUGCAGAGAACCUGCAGUUCAAAACCUCUAGCUUCCCCCAUAUCCCAGCGCAGCAGGGCUGCCUCCCACGCCGGGGAGCUCACUACCACGAGAGGUAGUUGAUCCCAUUUCCAAAUGGUGGUUCUCAAGGUUAAAAAGUUCUGCCUGUGUUGAGCCCAAAAUCCUCCUGUGGCUUCCACACACCGCAUCUUCUUGCUGGGGUCACCCAGGCUGAGACUCCCAUCACCCUCAUAAUGCCUUCUUUCAGCUCAGUCUGUCUCCUCCCAGGCAAAUGACUCUUGUUCCUCUGGCUUUUUUUUUCCCUCCAGAGAGGAUUCCCACACAUCAUGGUCUGGCCCCACCUCCAACCAGAUUCAGGUAGACUUGUACAGUGGCAUAGCAGGGCCAGCCUGCGAUGCCCCAGGUGUGCUGUCUGGAGCUGGCCAAAGGACAAACUCACCCCGACCAGACUCUGCGCAUUAAUACUGAUAGCUAUGCGCCACUGUGGCACAACGGUUAAGUGCUCGGCUCUUAACCUGAAAGGUUGGCAGUCUGAACCCAUCCAACAGCUCCAUGGAAGAAAGACCUGGCGAUCUGCUUCUGUAAAAACUACAGCCAAAGAAACCCUGUGGGGCGGUUCUCCUCUCACAUGGAAUCCCAAUGAGUUCAGAAUCGACUCCACAAUACCCAACAAAAACAAAACAAAACAAAAACCCAUUGCUCAUGAGUCUAACUCAUGAGGACCCUAUCGGACAGAGGAGACCAGGCCCAUAGAGUUUUUGAAGAGCCCGUGGUGGGUUGCGAAAUGCUGACCUUUUGGUUAGCAGCUGUAGCACUAAACCACUACACCACCAAGGUCUCCAAACAACAAUGGGCCAGUGUAAUUCCCAGAGCACAGCACCAGCACCACCUGGGAACCUGUUUGAAAUGCAAAUUCAGAACUCCACCCCAGACCUACUGAAUUAGAAACCCUAGGGGUGAGGCCCCCAGCCUGUAAUUCUGAUGCACAGGAAAAUUUGAAAGCCGUGGUAUGUACUAAGCCAGUAAAAUUACCUAAGUAGCUUUAAAAAAAAAAAAAAUCUGAUAAUCAGUACACCACAGGCCGAUUAAUCGACACUAAUUUUUUUAUGGGGUGAGGCCCUGGCAUCAGUAUUUCCUAAAGCUCCCCCACGUAUUUCAAAUUUGUAAUCAAAUUUGUUUGGGGACCAGGGCACUAGGCAGUGUUAGGUGUUUCAUAUUAGCUCAAUUAAUUUUGCCAAUAAUGGCUACUUUAUAAAUGAUGAAGUGAUGAUUCAAAGAAGUUAACGUAACUUGCUCAAGAUCACAGAGUUAGCAAGGUGUGAAGCCAGAAGGUUGGCCUAGGGUUGCCUAGGAUGGAACCAAAACCUGUGUUCCAUCCUCUGCACCCUUUGCUGUUCAAAGUGUGCCAGAUACACCAGAGCACUGGCGUCACCUGGGAGCGUAUUAGAAACACUCAUUACCGGGCCUCAUGCCACACCUACUAAGUCUGAUACUGGGACAUAUGUUUAACAAACCCUCCAGGUGACUCCGAUACACGCUUAAGUUUGAAAACCACAGCUCUGCGCCCUUGCUACUUCAAAGUUUGGUCCGUGGACCAAGACCAUCGGUAUCCUCUGGGAGCUUGCUAGAACACAGAAUUGUAGGCUCUACUCCAGGUCCACUGAGUCAAAAUGUGAGUUUAUACAAGCUCCCCACAUGACUUCUGUACACCAACUCUGACAAACACUGCUCAGCACAUUGGUUCUCCAACUGCUGCACACUGAAUUCAUUUCUGAUGCUUGGGUCCCACUCACAGAGAUUGAUAUAAUUGGUUUGGGACUUGGCCUGGGAAUCAGAUUUUAGAUACAUCCCAGGUGAUUUUAACAUGGAUGUAGUUUGAGACCCAUACAGCCUUUUGCUCAUUAGUAUAGACGAGAUUGAGGUGGUUGUAACCACAAAGAUUGAGAGAAGAAAGAAAAGAUGACUCAGACCAAUAGGAGUGCUGAAGAUAAAGGCCCUGCUUGAUGAUGAGCCCCUGAUCCCCGGUGAAACAGUGUGUCUAGGACCCCGGAGGGUGACAGGCUGGAUCUGAUGGCCACCCUGGGGUGGUUACCUACCUUCACACUUCCCGCUCAUCUGCAAAUGUUGGGCUCCUGGCUCCACGUGGUGACAUUUGUGGAUUUAUCUUCUACAAAAGUGCUGGUCCAGCCAGUGCCCCUCACCCUCUGUAUGCUCAGCUCAGCCCCAAUUUGAAAGGUGAUCAUGGACCGGGAAAAUGCUGUGCCCUGAAGAACUGGGCUGGUUAUAUUCAUGCUGAGGCUUCAACCUUCCCUCUGUUCUCUUAUCAGACCCAGAGUUGGGGGUGGGAAGCAGGGCAGGAAGGAUGGACAGGAGGAGAAUUUGGCCUAAGGAAGGGAGAAAGCAAAGUGUGGGAUGCUGAGGAUGAUGGCAGCUCUUUACUGAGUGUUUACCAGUGUGGUGGUGGCGUUAUGAGCUGCCAUUGAGUUGGCCCCGACUGGGUGACCCUGUGCACCACGGAACGAAACGCUGCCGAGUCUUGCACCAUCCCCAUGAUUGAUUGUGGACUGGACAAUGUUCCAUUGUGAUCCAUAGGGUUUUCAUUGGCUGAUUUUUGGACAUAGAUCACCAGGCCUUUCUUCCUAGUCUGUUUUAGUCUGGAAGCUCCCUCAAGACCUGUUCAGCAUCAUAGCAACAUUAUUUUACAUGAUCCUCACAAAAAUUAUAUAAAAGCAGUACUAGUGCUCCCAUUUCACAGAUCGGCAAACUGAGGCACAGAGAUGUUAAAGUCCUUACUCAACAUCACCCUCAUUAAAAAAAAAUCCGACUCAGAGCGACCCUAUAAGACAGAGUAGAACUGCCCCAUAGAGUUUCCAAGGAGUGCCUGGCGGUUUCAAACUGCCGACCCUUUGGUUAGCAGCCGUAGCACUUAACCAUUACACCACCAGGGUUUCCAACACCCUCAUUAAGUGGUACUAUAUACCUGGAUUUGAACCCAGGCAGCUGAGCAUCAGAGCCAGGACCUAACCACUAAGCUAUAUAUUGGAAAAGGGGCAAGUGGAAAGACCUAGGACCCCUGAUUAGGUGCAAUCUGUGGAGCACAGAAAGGUCCACCUGCUCCAAAACAGCCCUAAAGUGACCUGUAGUCCAACACUAUGCCUACAACUCCCUAUUAGCAUUCUUUAUCUG